AUGUCAAAGGCACGCUACAACUUCAAGACGCGCCCGGUUGCGCACCCAGACGCCAUUGUCGCGGGCGACAAGUACCGCUUUACCAUCCUCACCGAUGGCUUGUUGCGCUUUGAGUGGGCCGAGGACGGCCGCUUCGAGGACCGCGCAAGUACUUUUGCCAUCAACCGCAAGCUGGCUGUUCCCGACUUCUAUGUCUGGGAUCGCGGUCACGGCAUCGAGAUUGUAACCAAGCGCUUCCACGUUGUGUACGACAAGAAGAAGUUUAGCGCCGAGGGCCUGAAGAUACAUCUCAAGGGGAAUGUGACGGGUACAUGGACAUAUGGCCAGCAAGUCUCCAAUCUGGGUGGAACCACACGCACACUGGAUGGAGUGAACGGCCGGGCCAACAUUGGACCCGGUAUACUGUCGAGAGAGGGUAUGACUCCUUUGGAUGACACCAAAUCCAUGCUCUUCGAGGACAACGGCUGGAUCGCGGGACGCCGAGGUGGAGACAGGAGCGAUCACUACAUCUUCAUGUACGGUCGCGACUACCGGGAAGCCAUGCGCGCAUUCUACGCAGUCUCGGGAAGCCAGCCUCUACUGCCACGAUAUGCCUUGGGCAACUGGUGGAGCCGAUACCAUGCUUACGACGAGAAGGAGUACCUCGCCUUGCACGAUCAUUUCGAAAAAGACGAUGUACCGAUGAAUGUCGCAGUUGUGGAUAUGGACUGGCAUCUUGUAUGGGACAUACCGGGUGGUUACAAUGGCUGGACCGGAUACACGUGGAACAAGAAGCUCUUCCCCGACCCUGAUGCUUUUAUGAAGAAGCUGCACGAUCGGGGUAUGAGAUUAACAUUGAACCUCCAUCCCGCGGACGGUUUCAGGCCAUUCGAGGACCAAUAUCCCGAAGUUGCCAAAUACCUCGGUAUCGAUCCAGCGUCCAAGCAGACGAUUCCGUUUGAUUGUACGGACAAGAAGUUUAUGGAUGCCUACUUUGACGUUGUACACCACGACCAUGAAAAGCGAGGUGUUGACUUUUGGUGGGUGGACUGGCAGCAGGGCAACACGUCCAAGAUUCCUGGCGUAGACCCGCUUUGGGUACUCAACCACUUCCAUUUCCUCGACUCUGGACGCGGCUCCCAGCGUCCACUGAUUCUGUCGCGAUUUGGUGGACCAGGAGCCCAGCGGUACCAGAUUGGCUUUUCUGGCGAUACCAUCAUCACCUGGGAGAGUCUAAACUACCAGCCCGAGUUCACAGCAACCGCCUCAAACAUCGGGUAUGGAUGGUGGAGCAACGACAUUGGCGGCCACACGCACGGCUACAAGAAUGACGAGCUCUACACACGCUGGGUACAGCUAGGUUGCUGGUCACCCAUCCUACGUCUCCACUCCGACAACAACCCCUUCAACACGCGUGAGCCGUGGCGCUACAACGAAGAAGCCCGCACUAUAGUCGAAGACACUUUGCGCUUCCGCCACCGCCUCAUCCCCUAUCUCUACACGAUGAACGCCCGCAGCGCCAGCUACGACGAACCCCUCAUCCAACCCAUGUACUGGGACAACCCCGAAGCAGACGAAGCCUACAACGUGCCCAACCAAUACCGCUUCGGCACCGAACUCAUCGUCGCGCCAAUCACCUCGGCCCGCUCCACCGUCACGCAUUUCGGUGCAGAGAAAAUCUGGCUCCCAGCUGGUCGCUACGUCGACAUCUUCACAGGCAUCGUAUACAACCGAUCCGGCGAACUCACCGUCCAUAGACCCUUGAACACCGUCCCUGUCUUCGCAAAACAAGGCUCCAUCAUCCCCCUCGACGCCGCCUACCGCCCCGUAUCUGGCUCGCCCAACCCGCCUGGUUUGGAAAUCCUCCUUGUGGUAGGCGCAGACGGGGCAUUCACCCUCAUCGAAGACGAUGGGACUGGUCAUCUCGUCGACGACUGUGGGUUUAGCCUCAUCUCCCACGACGACAUCGCCACCUCCAAUAGUGAUGACAACGGCGACGACACCGUAACGUUCAUCUCCACACCAAUCACCUACAAACAAUCCACCGGCGUCUUGAAAAUCGGUCCUGCAUCCCCCGACCCAUCAACCUCCGACCCAGCAAUCCCCAAACACCGGUCUUGGAAAAUCCGUCUUCUGGCGCACACUCCACCUAAAGGGACGGAAAUCCGCGUCAUCACCACCGCGCCAGCUACCCGCCGAAACGCCAAAUCCCUCCCUUUCACCCUCGAAAAAGCGGACAACGGGACCGUGAUUUCCAUCGACGCAGUGCCUGUUUCUCACACCAUCAUCAUCGAGUUAUGCCCUUCUUCCCCUACCUCCCCGUCCUCCAAUUGUGGAAGCGGCCCCACCCUAGACAUCAUAAACCCCAACCCCCACAUCUGGAACAUACUCGAUAAAGCAUGGUUGGACAACGAGAAGAAACGCGAUAUCUGGUUCUGUCUUGAUAACAACGAGCCUGUGCUGAAUAAAGUAAGGGCGCUACAGGGGAGAGGCGUGGAGCCGGAUUUGUUGGAUGCGAUGCUGGAGUUGUUGCUUGCGGAUGAGAGAUAUGCGGGGGAGGGGGCUGCGGAUGGGGAGAUGGAGUUUUAG